CUUCACCGCUUGGUCCCUUGGCUGAAGCGAGAGCUUACAGUCCUGUUUGGUGCCCACGGAUCUUUGAUCAACAUUGUGCAGCACAUCAUCAUGAGCAACGUCACUAGAUACGAUCUGGAAAGUCAGGCCUUUGCUGAUGAUAUAAAGCCGUUUUUGCUGAAUCGGACAGAGCACUUCCUGCACGAAUUCAUCAGUUUUGCUCGUUGUCCUUUUAACUUAGAAGCAUAUGAUCAGCAUGCCAAUUACGACUGUCCUGCACCAUCAUACGAGGAAGGAAGCCAUUCCGACUCCUCGAUUAUUACAAUAUCUCCAGACGUGGCGUUCCCACAAGGGCCAGAUAAUAGCUUGUCUGUGCCUGGUCUUGCUCAGGCGCCCUGGGAUGACGAAACUCCUGGGCCUUCCUAUUCCAUUUCAGAAGAGGUUCGUGCAACCAUAGCUUCUCCUCUGGAGUCGUCAGAAAGUUCUGAUGAGGACUCUGCUACAGGGAGUCAAAGAGCCAAACUGCAGACUGAGAUACAGGCUAAUGCUGACUCAAACGACAGUGGCUCUUCCUCAGACAACUGUGUCAUUGUUGGGUAUGUGAAGCCGUUAGCUGAGAGGACACCAGAAGUGGUGGAGCUGUCCUCUGACUCCGAGGAUUCCAUCAAGGAAGAGAAAAAGGAAGAUGUCAAGAAGCAGCGACCGGUCGAGUGUCACAGCUGGAGUGACAGUGAACCAAGCAGGAGCUUCUCA